GAUGGCGGCCAUACAAGAACCGUGUUCAUUCUCUAAUCCAAAACAAUGCAUUUGUACGCACAUAUCAUGGUUUGUCAAAGURAAUUUURAUACUCAUAUUCUUGAAUGUGUGGCAGAUCUGACUUUUGAAGUGAAACAAGAUGGGAUCAAGUGUGUGGGAUUGGACACUAGUGAGCUAACCAUUAAUUCAGUUCAUAAUAAAAAGACGAGCAACAAGCUGCCAUUCAAACUUGGUGACAAGCAUGAGAAGUUUGGUACACCAUUGUACAUUGAUUUACCACAAGGAUCAAACAASGGCUCCCAAGUGACCAUUACUAUUGAAUAUAAGUCAUCAGCAAAUGCUUCAGCUGUCCAGUGGCUUAAACCUGAACAAACCUCAGGAAAGAAGCAUCCCUAUUUCUUUACACAAUGUCAGGCAAUCCAUGCUCGUAGUAUCAUUCCCUGUCAAGAUAGUCCUGGUAUAAAAACUACUUAUGAAGCACAGGUUUCUGUUCCAAAAGGCCUUGUUGCAUUGAUGAGCGCCCUCAGAGAAGGUGAAACUGUUGAUCCUAAAGACUCAAGUAGAACUAUCUACCAGUUUAAACAAGAGGUGUGUAUUCCAAGUUACCUUAUAGCGAUGGUUGUGGGUGCAUUAGAGUGCAGGAAAGUUGGACCUCGAUCACAUGUCUGGACAGAAAAGGAAAUGCUUGAAGAAUGUGCUUAUGAAUUUGCAGAGAUGGAGACAAUGGUGAGCACGGCAGAGUCUUUGGUUGGAGAGUAUGUCUGGGGUCUGUAUGAUCUUCUUGUGCUUCCUCCAUCAUUUCCUUAYGGUGGGAUGGAAAACCCUUGCUUAACUUUUGUCACACCAACACUACUGGCAGGUGAUCGCUCUUUGACAUCAGUUAUUGCCCAUGAAAUUGCGCACAGCUGGACAGGGAAUUUGGUAACUAACAGAACUUGGGAACAUUUUUGGAUGAAUGAAGGUUUUACUGUUUUUCUUGAAAGAAAGAUCAUUGGUAGGAUGAAAGGAGAAAAAAUGAGACAGUUUGCAUUUAUAGGAGGAUGGAAAACAUUAAUUGAUGCUGUAUCCAAGUUUGGUGAAGAAAGUCCUUUUACACAACUUGUAGUAACACUUAAAGAUUCUGACCCUGAUGAAGCAUUUUCCAGCUUACCUUAUGAGAAAGGUUCCUGUUUCCUAUUUUACUUGGAGCAACUUGUGGGUGGACCUGAUGUGUUUGAACCAUUCUUUCAUAAAUAUAUUGAUACCCACAAAUACAAAACUGUGACAAGUAAAGAGUUCAAGGAUUAUUUCCUGGAWUAUUUCAAAGAUAAGGGUGAGGCUCUUAAAGAURUAGACUGGGAUACUUGGUUGUAUGGUGUUGGGAUGCCACCUAUCAAUAUGUUAGAAAGGUAUGACACAACUCUUUCAGAUUCCUGUACCGAAUUGUGUCAAAGAUGGAUUAAUGCAAGCAAAGAUGAUCUGUCUUCUUUCUCGUCAAAAGAUCUGGAAGGAUUCAGUUCUGCUCAGGUCAUAGAAUUGCUUGCACAGCUUCUUGUCCAUUCGAAAGAAAAUCCCUUUCCGUUGGAACAUAUUGAAGCAAUGGAGAAAGCAUACGAAAUGAACAGAAGAAAAAAUAAUGAAAUCAGAUUUAGAUGGCUUCGUUUAGCAGUUCGUAGCAAAUCCAAGGAAGCUUUCAGUCSAACUGUUGAUUUUCUUUUGGAACAAGGAAGAAUGAAAUAUGUCCGCCCGCUCUAUGAAGAACUUUACAAGUGUGGAGACGAGUCACGUGCAUUGGCCGUGGAGACGUUCACUGCUAACCGAUCAUUCUACCAUCCAAUAUGCUCAACUAUGAUUGCUAAAGACUUGAACCUUCAAUAAUUAGUUUUUUCCCGUGAAAUGAUAGUAAAUCAUAUGAUCCAAAUAGAGAMUUUUGAUUUGUAAAACACAAAGCAAAUUGAAUAAUAAUAAAUAUUUUGGUACG